ACAAUGUUGCGCAUGCGCCAGCCUCCUUCUAACUGUUAGCGACCGAAAUCUGUCAGCUCAGCGGAGUGAAGGUUCAUCUAAUACCCUCAAAUAUCCCCCAGCACCAGUAUAUUUUGGUCAGCGUUGGGGAGUUAACUCUUACGCGAGGUGUUUUUAGCGUCGACUUGCAACUUUUCAACGCGUGUUGACAGAAAGAAAGCGCAGAAUGGCGAGCAGUUCUAAACGGAAAGAGGAAAGUCACCUGCUGAAUGGGGCUGUGAAACAAUCCACAUGGAGCAAAGCUUUCUGCAGUAAUGCCGUUUGGGAAGAAAAGGAUGAGUUUUUGGAUGUGAUUUACUGGCUCCGACAAAUUAUUGCAGUUAUCCUUGGUGUGAUAUGGGGUGUUGCACCAUUGAAAGGAUUUCUAGGAAUAGCCAUCUUCUGCGUCAUCAAUGCGGGUCUUCUGUACGUAUACUUCAGCAGCUUUCAGCAGAUCGACGAAGAAGAGUACGGAGGCACGUGGGAACUCACCAAAGAAGGCUUCAUGACAUCUUUUGCCCUUUUUCUGGUGGUGUGGAUAAUCUUUUACACAGCUCUACAUUAUGACUGAGAGGAAUGCAUGAGGAAAUAAAUAUGAACAUUUUUGUUGAAGUAAGUUGACAAAACUGAAGAACUUCAUGGUUUGGGGAAGGGGGGGGGGGCUGUCGGUGAUCUACACUAAGACGUCUGUGUGCACAGCAUUAUGGGAAUGCUAGUUUGCUAAACAAGAUCCAGCAAGAACACAGCGAUGAGCACGUUCAGAUGCUGUACAUUUUUUAUUUUAUUUUUUUGAGGCUUCCGUUUUUUAAGUACAUCUUUCAUUAAACUUCCCAAAUAUUUCUUCACAUGAUCGUAAAAAAGGAACAAUAAAACACUAAGUUGCAUAAAGUAAAAAUGUUUUAGGCAGGUUGCACUGUUGGUUUUAGUACAUUUAUGUUGAUGUGAAGCAUUUCAGUCAGCUUGCUUUCUCCAACUUCAGAUGACUGAUGUGAAUCCAGAGUUUCUACAAGCUAUGACUACCAACCUGUGUUUAUUGGUUAUAUGCAGCUCAGUGAAGUUUCAAGCAAAGGACAAUAAAUACAAAAGUCAAUAUAAGACAAAGGUUCGGUUUGUGGAAACAUUUUCUAAAUGCAACGUGUCAGAUGAACAAAGCCACCCUACAUGGAUUAACUCUGAUGGUUUAAUCUUUUAAUCCCUGCUCUGAAAUUAGUUGACUGAAUAAAUGUUCAGAAAUGGUAGUCAUGAGUUAUAGUAAGAUUAAUGUAGUUUGUCUUAACAAGAGCAGAUAUAGGGAUUUUUUUAUUUUUUUUAUUUUUUUCUUCCAGAAAUAGGAGCUGUCAUUUGGUUUUGCUUCUCAAAAUGUCAGAUGUCUGUAUCCAAAAACAGCUGAUGAGCAACGUCCAACAUGUUCCGAUGCAAACUUUGAUCAUCUUGUUUUUAAGCUGAACUUGAUCCGUGCACUGCCAUGAUUUGCUUUUAGUAUUUGUCUGCCAUUAUUAAUAAACUUUAAUAAAAAUGUCAAUGGUAGCUUUUAGAUAAAUCAUGUCUGUUUGGAAAUUAAUUUAAAGUGUGUCAUUUUUUUUUCUGUCAAAUCCCACGUUGUAUUACACAGAUUUAUUUGUAUUUAUGUUAUAUCUCUUUUGAUGUAACAUAGUUCUCAGUAUUUUAUAGUAAAGAGGUUUUAAGAGCAGUUCUUGCAAAGAUGUUAUGAUACUGUUAUUCAAUAUGCAGCUGGUGUUUGACAGGAUUGUAUUUUCUGAUCAAAUCUUUUGGGAAUCAUUAAACGUGGGCUUCAUUUGGCCUUCAUUUUCAAAGACA